CUGCAGCCGCGCCGCGGGGCUCCCUCCCUACAGCCAGUGGCAGCCCCAGCCUGGUGCCUUGGCAAAGGAAAAAGGCGCUCGGACAGGCGUUCGAGCGGGUCCGGAGAGGAUAUCCUGGGUACCGCUCGCUUUCACUGACGGCUUGCUUGCCCGCAGUGGCUCCCUCAGUCCUUCGCUCGUGCGCAAACGCUCCCACACCAGGGAGCAGUUUUGGGUGGCGUGGGCUCCGUCCUCUUCUUGGCCGGUGGGAACAGUGCGCCCAAGAGUGGAAGUCUGGUGGGCCCGGCCCCUCCCAGCCCAGCGCCGAUGAGUGCCAGGGCGCCCAAGGAGCUGAGGCUGGCACUGCCGCCGUGUCUCCUCAACCGGACCUUUGCUUCCCCCAACGCCAGCGGCAGCGCGAGUGCCCAGGGCCCGGGCGCAGGCGGUGGCGGUACCUGCAUUACGCAGGUGGGACAGCAGCUCUUCCAGUCCUUCUCCUCCACGCUGGUGCUGAUUGUCCUGGUCACCCUCAUCUUCUGCCUCAUCGUGCUGUCCCUCUCCACCUUCCACAUCCACAAGCGUAGGAUGAAGAAGCGGAAGAUGCAGAGGGCUCAGGAGGAAUACGAGAGGGAUCACUGCAGCGGCAACCGUGGUGGCAGGGGCCUGCCCCCGGCCGGUGGCCAGGCCCCAACCCACGUAAAAGAAACCCGGCUGGAGAGGCAACCCCAGGACUCCGUUUUCUGCGACCCCUCCAAAGUGUCCUCCUCCUCUUUGUCCCCUGGCCUUCCCUGCCAAGAUCCCUAUGCUCCUCCGCCUCCACCACCGGCCCCCAGUCCGCAAGGAGCACACUCAUCCUCUUCUUGUUUGGACACACCUGGCGAGGGCCUUUUGCAAACGGUGGUAUUGUCCUGAUUGUCUAGCCCCUCACCUCUCCCCUUUCUUGUUUCCAGCGCCUUUGCCGUCCUCGCUUUUCCCCUGUCCUUCCCCUUUCACUUUCCUCUGGUCUCUCUUUCCUCUUCCUUCCUUCCUUCCUGCCCUCCCUGCCCUCCCCGUACUGUUUCUCCUCCGCCGAGGCACUGUGCGGUAUUUGUAAAUAUUGGGCAAGGAAAGUCUCGGAAGAAGAAAUAACGCUGAUAAUAAUACUUUAUUAUUAAUAUUUAUAAUAAUUACAAUACUAAUAACACGAUCCAAGCGCAUGACAAAUCACAUAAUUUCUCAUUGUCAAUGAAGGAUGCGUCCUUCCUCUCCACCCUGUGCCCCCCACAAUGAGGAGGAGAAACCGCACAAGCUACCAAAUACUAUAUAACAGGCAUUGACCCCGG